AUGAUUGUUUUAUUGCUUGCAUUCACUACCUGGGCUUAUGCUAAAAACUUUUACCAAUACACAUAUGAUCAAACAGAUAAAAAAACAAUUAUUGGUUAUUCAAUUUAUGAAACUGAUAAAUGUUAUAGAAUCUCUUUAAGUAAUUAUCAACAAAUUUCACAAAAGAAUGGGGAAAAAACAGCCGAACAAGGAAAGUACUUCUUCAAUAUAUUCAAAGAUAAAAAUUGUACAAAACUAGAAGAUAGUGAAAGUGAAGUUCAACCAUACACUAUUGAACAAUUAAAAAAUUAUAAUAUCUUUGAGAAAGCACCAGCUGAAACUAACAAAUGUCAAGAAAUUACUGUUGAACAAUUUGGUGAUAAAGAAUGUACUGAACCAAUUCCUGGUACCAAACAAUUUGUUUGUAAUACUCAGACUGAUGUUCAAUCUUGUACUGCUUUUGGUAAAUUCUAUACAAAAGUAUCUACUGUUCAUGGAUAUCAAGGUACUUUCUAUUAUUCUGAUCCUGAUUGUAAAACAUUCACUGGCCUUGUUACUGGUCAAAGAAAAUGUAAUGUUUGUACAGCUUCAUCACCAAGUAAUGAGGAAAUGAUUUAUAAGAAAGUAAGAUGUGAUAAUGACUGCUAA